GCUCAUUUCCGUUAAUUUCCGUUUUCGGCUCAAAUCGGAGCACGUGUGUAGCCUUUCUUUUCGCUUUCGGAGUUCAAGAAUAUAAAGCAUAUAGUAGUCGUUAUUUCAGAAAUUGCGCCGUAUUUUUUCAGUAAUUGUCAUCAGAUAGAUAUUUAAAUAUGGAAAACGAGACGAAAGAAGAGACAAAAGAAGAAACAAAGGAAGAGAUAAAGGAAGAAAUAAAGGAAGAAAUAAAGGAAGAGGUAAAGGAAGAGGUAAAAGGUGGCAAUAAUCACUUAAACGGUGAUUCUGCCGCUGAGACCAACGAGAUCACAGAGACUAUCGUCGAGGUUAGCGACACGCCGCCUGUUGACGCCAUCGACGAAAAAGCAGAGCAAGAGACAAAAGAGAACGGAAAAGAUGUGGAAGAACCAUCUGAAGUUCUUUUGGCAAAGAUUAAGACACAAGUAGAGUACUAUUUUGGUAAUGUAAAUAUGCAGAGAGACAAAUUUCUCAUUGAACAAACAAAAUUAGACGAAGGCUGGAUUCCAAUGACUAUCAUGUUAAACUUUAAAAUGCUGGCUGCUCUCAGCAAAAAUGUCGAUGUAAUUCUGAAAGCAUUGGAAACCAGCGAUCUCAUGGAGAUAUCUGAGGAUAAGAAAAAGAUACGUCGCUCUCCAAAGCAUCCCCUGCCAGAAUACAAUGAAGGAUAUAGGAAAGCUCAGGAAGCUCGAACAGUUUAUGUCAAAGGCUUUCCGUUCAUUGACACAACUAUUGACAAAUUGAAAGUCUUUUUUGAACCAUACAAGCCAUUUGAAACGAUUGUGAUGAGGAAAUAUCAAGAUAAAGAUAAAGUUCUUAAGUUUAAAGGAUCUGUUUUUGUGCAGUUUGAAACUUUUGAUACCGCUAAAGCGUUUAUGAAUAUAGAAUCUGUAAAAUAUCAAGAUACUGAGUUAAUAAGGAAGUGGGCGUAAGUAAAAAUGUAUCUGGAGAAAAAGAAUNNAAAGGAGGAACGUAGGAAAAAGAAAGAAAAACCAAAGAAAUCAACUACAGAGGAAACAAAGGAGACUGAAAAUAACGAAACAGAGCAAACAUCUGCAGGAACAGAUAAUAAAUUGCCAAAAGGUUCAAUUAUUUACUUUUCUGGUGUUUCCAAAACGUGUACAAGAGAAGAUGUCAAGGAAUGCUUAGACAAAUUCGAUGCUGAUAUCGCAUACAUCGAUUUCCAAAGGGGACAAACAGAAGGUUGGGUACGUUUACAGGGAGAAAAUGCUGCCAAACCUUUGUUAGAAAAGACAAAUGAAGGCAAGGUGGUAAUCCAAGACAUUGAAGUUACCUGUAAAAUGCUUGAGGGUGAAGAAGAAGACAAAUAUCUCGCUAAAGCGAUGGAAGAUAUAGUAGCUUCAAAGAACAAAUACAAUAAAUCCAAGCGAGGCGCUAAGAAAGGACGUGGCGCACGGGGUGCGAAAAAGAGAGGUAACAGUCCCUCGCACGAUACAGUUCCUGCUAAGAAAAGAGCUGUUGAAUAAGAUUGAUUUAUCCUGAAACCUUCAAAGUUACAUAGUGUAUAUUACACUUUAUUUUCAUUGCAUUAACGAAUUACAUAGAGAAAAGGAAAUAUUAAAUUAUGU